AUGGAAGAAUGCAUUGCUCUGGGGGAAGCUAAUAUCCAGCCUUUAAUAGCCUCGUUGCCAAAGGCCCAACAUCAUUCCUGUCAUGUAGGAGCGGAAGAUGAAAAUAUUUUGGACGACAGAACAGUGAUAAAAGAGGCGUAUUUUUACUUCAAAAUGUUCCAAGGCCUCCUUGUGGAUCUUAUCUUCAGCUCGCAUGUAUGCGACAAUAGCGUGCGAUUUUUCAGCAGCAGAACUGCAAAGGAUGCUUUCCGCGUCAUUGAGGCUGAGCUCAACUUCUUUUAUGAUCUUCUUUGUACCAAGGCUGCCAUUGUUCAUUGUCCAUUAGGGUACAUUUACCGAGCUAUCUCAGUUGGCUGCAUUGUUGCUGCUUUUGCAAGUUUCAUUGUCUUGAACAAGCAUGGUUUUUACGAAUAUGAUAUACAGAUUACUUACACCUUGUUCCUUGGAGCUGUUGGCCUGGAAUUUGCAAUCCUUGGUACGAUCUUUUGCUCAGAUUGGACAAUUGCAAAAAUAAGGACAUAUGAGAAACAUCAUAGAAGUUUGUUUCAAGGAAGCAUCUUCAUCGAGCUCCUCCUUAAAUUCAAAUCUGAAAGUUCGCCAUUUACAUUGCAUAUACUAAGUGCUAGAUGGUCUAAAUCCGUCUCCCAGUACAAUUUGAUAGAUUCUCGGCUAAGAAGGUGGCCAAAAUGGAUUGAGAAACUGAUAGAUGCUCGGCAGAGACAGUGGCCAAGAUUGAUUGAGGAACCCCUUAGUCUCAUCCCUCUGAGAGAAUUGUUUGAUGACUUAAAGUUUGGACGGGUAGAACCAUACAACGACAAAUUAGGUGAACUGAUUUUUGAUGAGCUGAAACGGAAGGCAUCAAUGGCAGGUGAUUUGCAAAGCAUCAUAGGGAUGUGUGCUGCUAGAGGUAAAUGGGCACUGGAGCAUACUAAAAUAGGGGAAGUUUGCGAAAUCUUGCUUCCAGCUGUCCGUGAUGUCGAUUACAAUGAGAGCCUUUUACUGUGGCACAUUGCCACUGAACUCUGUUACAAUACUGACACUAACAUUGAUGAAAGUACAAACCACCAUCGAGAAACUAGUAGGGUCUUGUCAGAUUACAUGCUUUAUCUUAUGAUCAAACAGCCUUGGAUGAUGUCUAUGGUGGCUGGGAUUGGCCAAAUAAGGUUCCGAGACACUUGUGCUGAGGCGGAUAGGUUCUUCGAUGAAAAACUCUUUGAUGAGAACAAAACGAACAAAUAUGCUUGCCAAUGUCUCCUUUCUGUUCCUACAGAAGUGAAGCCUGCUGAUGUGAAAGGAGACAAAAGUAAAUCUGCGCUGUUUGAUGCGUGUAUUCUUGCAAAAGAGUUGGGGAAAUUUGGGGAGACCAAAUAG